AUGAAGACUCUUCUUCCUCUGCUGCUUCUGGGGCUGCUGUUGAGUGGGGAGAAAGGACAGGUCUUGGGAGAAGAGCCCAUCUCAGCCAAUGAGCUCCAGGACAUGUCCACCCAGGGGAGUAAGUACAUUGAUGAUGAAAUUAAAAACGCUGUCAAGGGUUUGAAAGAAAUAAAGACCCUAAUGGACCAAACAGAUGAUGAGCGCCAGACAUUGCUCAACACCUUAGAGAAAGCCAAGAAGGAGAAAGAGGAUGCUGUAAAGGUGACCAGGAACACUGAAAUGAAGCUGAAGGCGUCUCCAGAGGUGUGCAACGAUACCAUGACAGCCCUCUGGGAAGAGUGUAAACCCUGUCUGAAACAGACCUGCAUGAAGUUCUACACUCGCAUCUGCAGAAGUGGCUCUCCCGCAGUUGGCCACCAGCUUGAGGAAUUCCUAAACCAGGCCUCUCCCUUUUACAUCUGGAUGGAUGGUGAUCGUGUUGACACCUUGCUGGAGAAUGACCAGGAGCAAAACCACAUGCUGAAUGCCAUGGAGGACAGGUUUAGCCAGGUGUCCAGAGUGAUGGACGAGCUAUUCCAGAGCAGGUUCUUCAGGACCGAUCCCUGGAAGCCUUUUUUCCACUCACCCUUCAGUGCAUUCCAUGACAGUCCUCUUCAUAAGCCUCACUUCUUCUAUCCCAAAUCCCGUGUGGUCCGGAACACAAUGCCUUUCUUCUAUCAUGAACCUCUGAACUUCCUGAACUUCUUCCAGUCCUUCUCUGACAUGAUACAGGACGUUCAACAGGCCAUGAAUGUCUCCCAGCAACCUCUGAUGGGGGAAUUUGCAACAGAAAACAAUGAUACCGGCCUCGUGUGCAGGGAAAUGCGCCGCAACUCUACAGGAUGCCUGAAGAUGAAGAACCAGUGUGAGAAAUGCCGGGAGAUCUUGUCAGUGGACUGUUCUGCCAGCAACCCUGCUCAGGCCCAGCUGCGACAGGAGCUCAAGACUGACCUCCAGAUAGCUGAGAAAUUCACCAAGCACUACGAUGAAUUGCUCAAGUCCUACCAGCAGCAGAUGUUCAACACCUCCGCCCUGUUGAGCCAGCUGAACCAGCAGUUUAGCUGGUUGUCCCAGCUAGCUAACCACACCCAAAAUGAAGAACAAGCUUAUCUCCAAGUCAUCUCGGUGAGUUCUCAUAAUACUCUUCCCAAUUCUGAGGAUACUGAGACUAAGGUAGUUGUGAAGCUCUUUGGUGCUGACCCCAUGACGGUGAUGGUCCCGAAAGAAGUCUCCAGGAAUCAGCCUAACUUUAUGGAGACUGUGGCAAAGAAAGCCCUGGAGGAGUUCCGCCAAAAGAACCAGUGA